AUGGCCAACGGAGUUUUUACAUCAAUAUUUGCUGAAAUCACAGGAAGAACAUGGGGAGAGGUUAAAGAAGCAAAAAAAGAAAAAAAAAUUGGAGAUAAGAUUUAUAAAGAAAAUCAAGGACUUUGUCAAUCACUUAGAGACUUCUAUCAACAAAAAAUAUUUAAAAAACAAGCUGAGCAGUUUUUUAAAACUGAAGAAGGAAAAGGUCUAAAAACCCGAGUAAAUGCUGGUAAAAAAAAAAGACGUAAAAAACAACCUAGAACCCAUAAUUGUUUAGACUCAGUGGAUUAUAAUGCAUUUUUAACAUAUUAUUACAAAAAUAAAAACAUCAAAAAGCCGAUCAAAUUAGAAUGUGAUUUACUUAAGCCUAAAUUAUCAUUUGUAUCUGAUGCUCUGUGCAAAACAAUUGGAAGAUAUUUUAUUCAAUUCGGUAUUAAAGUGUAUUAUAAUUUUUUUAAAUAUUUAUUUGGUAUAGGAAAAAAAGCAAAAAGAGGUUUUUUGUCAAGAAAAUUAACUGGUAAAAUGAAAAGUCUUGUUAAAAAAUAUGAGGCGGUUAAGGAGGAAGAAAAGAAAAAGCAAGAGUUAAAAAUUCAAAAUUUGAUUGAUAGUUAUUAUAAGCUGGGUUGCCGUAAGAUUAUUCCACAUUAUAAUGAGUUUUACAUAUUUUAUAAUAAUUAUUCAAAGUCUAAGGAAAAUGAAGGUUUUGUUAAAUCCGCAACUUGUGAUUAUUUUGUACGCAUAACUAGGGUAGACACAGAGCAUACAAUAAAUGAGGAGUUAACAAAGAAACCAUCUACAUUUUUGAAAAGGGUUCAUUUGAAAAAAAAAUUACCUAAGUAACGAUAUAGGAACAUAUUUUUUUCAAUUGCAUCUUAUAUCUAUUAUA